AGGUGAAGAGGCCCACCUUCUCUCGUAUGCGUCGGGGGCCUUGACGUACGCAAGAGGCUGAUCAGCACCUAUUCCUUCCUCUCAACUUCUACAGAUUGGUUAACUUGUGUUUAGUCUCGCCAUCCAAAUACGCGCCUCUUGCUUCUGUACAGUACGUCGACAGGCGGUCGGCCUUCAUAUCGAACUUCAAAGACUCAAUCCCAUAAAUCAUGGCGUACAUCACACUUUUCUCUUCUCUUCUCCCUGCGACGCUCUUUUUCAGUCCAGCGCAAGCCGCAGAUUGCAAUCUUGCCCAAUCACGUCGAUCGGGCGACCCUUCAGGAGCGGCUAUAGCUUCAGACCUCCGAGGACAAGACAACGCACUUCUGCAAAGUGUAUGCAACGGAGGCUUUCCCCCAGGAAGUGAUAUCAUCUCAACCUGGAAUACCGGAAGUCAGAUAUACAAUGUCACUCGAUUCGAUAGCAGCCAGCCUCUGCAGUACUGCUUCGACGCCUUCGACAACAUCAUCACGCAAUGCAUUGAAAACGACAACUACUGGGGUGGAGACUGGAAGCUCGGGAACGAGAUUUACGCUAUCUACGAUUCGACGUGGCCGGAGCAUGUUCUUGAAGCGGAACUUGAAAGUCCUCCUAGCAGUUCGGCACAGGAUGUCUCUCCUUCCUCUACACCGGAUCCACCGGCUCGUGCUACCGUCGUAACGACUACGAUAGAUGGAUUUCCCAUCACUCAGACUUUCGUUCCAACUACCAUUGCAGAUGCCUCGCCCACGACCUCAAGCACCACAGUCGACGGUGUGGUUGUCCCCCUCAUCAUUGGAGCCGGAGGGGUUGCCUGGAUACCUUUCGUCCCCGUCGGCGGCGCUCCCCCAGCUGUGAUAACGCCACCCGCGGACCUUCCCGACGGCGGCAACGGUGACGGCGAUGACAACAGCGACUCGCAAAGCAGCGCACCGGAAUCUACCAGUAGCUCAUCAUCGAGCUCCUCUUCAAGAGCUCUACGUGCUCCCGACGACGUUUUUCCCGCGGAUGCUGGGACCGCGACGUUUGACUCUGGCGCUGCGGCGCAGAUUGUGUUUUUUGGGGCUGCGGCGCCAACGCCUACCCCGUCAAGUAGCAGCGAGGCUUCUGCGGAACCUACGGUCGAUUCGAAUGCCGAAGCCAAGAAGCUGUGCCAUGAGAGGUGUGGUUCAAAGCCUGGGUUGACUACGUCAGAUGGGCAGUGGUGCCUGGCGAAUUGCGGAUGCUUUUUGGGGGCGGCGGGAUGUUGA